AAUAAAUCAGAGCAAAAAAACAAACAGAUUCCAUCCCCACCACCACCGUCGUCCCGUCGUCUUGCGGGCCAUGUCCUCCGCCCGACGCUUCUGGCGCCUCGGCGCCCCAGCCGUCUCCGCCGUGGUUGCCUCCGGCGGCUAUUUGCUCCUCUCCCCUAACCUUGCCUCCAGCGACCGGGGCGGCGGUCCGGCUCUCGACUCCUUGAAGCUGAAAAUCCACGAUCCCGGGGUCUCCGUUCCUUCCCGUGCCGCGCAGGAGUCGGCUCUGAUCGGCUCCACCGCCUCCAAUCCUCUCGACAUUCUGGUCGUCGGCGGCGGCGCCACUGGUUGCGGAGUCGCGCUCGAUGCAGUCACGAGAGGCCUCCGCGUCGGCCUCGUUGAGAGAGAGGAUUUCGCUUCCGGCACGUCUUCCAGGUCCACCAAGCUAAUCCAUGGAGGCAAGUCUCCUUUCUCUUUCUCUUUCUCUCUAAUAGCACAUAGAGACAAGCAGGAUAGUGUUCGGUUGACAGCGAUAGUGAAUUGCUUGGAUUAGCCGGCCUUUGCAGUGCAAUUGACCUUAGUUCUUUUCAUUUCUUUUAUUCCUCCGAUGAGAAACUUCGGCGAAAUUAGAUUUCGGUUCGAGUUCAUCCUUCUAUUAGUUUCAUGGAUCAUAAUGAUAUGCUUGACGAUCUCCGAGUGACGCCAUCAAGAUUUGACCGGACCACAAGAUGGAGCCAUGGCCUUUGACCAAAUACAUUUUGACUGAAUUGGCAGAACAGGCAUUUAUAAUGAGAGGAAAGAAAUUAGUGAGGGCUGAUCAGGCGCUUAUGAUUCCAGGAGUUCGCUACCUGGAAAAGGCAGUCUUUAAUCUCGAUUAUGGGCAGUUGAAGCUAGUGUUCCAUGCACUUGAGGAAAGGAAACAGGUUAUUGACAAUGCACCACAUCUCUGCCAUGCUUUGCCAUGCAUGACACCUUGCUUCGAUUGGUUUGAAGUAGUAUACUAUUGGGCGGGGCUGAAAAUGUACGAUUUGGUCGCUGGAGCACGCUUGUUGCACCUUUCCAGAUAUUAUUCUACACAAGAGUCUGUUGAAUUGUUUCCAACUCUUGCAAAGAAUGGCAAAGAUAGAAGCUUAAGGGGAACAGUGGUGUAUUAUGAUGGGCAGAUGAAUGACUCUCGGCUUAAUGUUGCUUUGGCAUGUACUGCUGCAUUAGCUGGUGCUGCAGUGCUGAAUCAUGCUGAAGUUGUAUCGUUUCUGAAAGAUGAGGCUAGUGGGAGGGUAAUUGGUGCUCGUGUUAGGGACAACCUAUCAGGCAAAGAGUUUGAUGCCUAUGCAAAAGUUGUUGUGAAUGCUGCUGGCCCAUUUUGUGACUCUGUGAGGAAAAUGGUGAAGGAUGAUGUACAACCCAUGAUCUGCCCUAGCAGUGGUGUACAUAUUGUUCUACCUGACUAUUAUUCACCAGAAGGAAUGGGACUGAUUGUUCCGAAAACAAAGGAUGGACGUGUUGUCUUUAUGUUGCCGUGGUUGGGGAGAACAAUUGCCGGGACGACAGAUUCUAAUACGUCUAUUACUCCUCUCCCAGAGCCACAUGAAGAUGAGAUUCAGUUUAUACUUGAUGCUAUUUCAGACUAUUUAGUUGUUAAGGUGCGGCGCACAGAUGUUCUUUCAGCUUGGAGUGGGAUUCGUCCGUUGGCUACAGAUCCUUCUGCAAAGAAUACUGAGAGCAUUUCUAGAGAUCAUGUUGUCUGUGAGGAUUUUCCUGGUCUGGUCACUAUCACUGGUGGCAAAUGGACCACCUAUAGAAGUAUGGCAGAGGAUGCUGUUGAUGCAGCUGUGAAGUCCGGGAAGCUGAAUCCUGAAAGUGGAUCUUUGACCCAUCGUCUAAGACUGACAGGUGCCAACGGCUGGGAGCCCUCGUAUUUUACCGUUCUUGCACAACAGUACAUGCGUAUGAAGAAGUCAUAUGGCAAUAAAGUUGUCCCUGGUGUGAUGGAUACUGCUGCAGCAAAACAUUUGUCUCAUGCAUAUGGUACUCUGGGUGAGCGUGUGGCUGCUAUAGCACAGAAUGAAGGCCUGGGGAAGCGGCUUGCCCAUGGGUACCCCUUCCUGGAAGCCGAAGUAGCGUAUUGUGCACGCAAUGAGUACUGCGAAUCUGCAGUCGACUUCAUUGCCAGGAGGUCGCGGCUUGCCUUCCUAGACACCGAUGCAGCACACCGUGCAUUGCCACGAGUCAUUGAGAUCCUGGCCUCCGAGCACAAGUGGGACAGUAAAAAGCAGAAGCAAGAGUUGGAAGAUGCCAAGCGGUUCCUGGAAACCUUCAAGUCCUCGAAAAACGCUCAGUUCCAUGACGGCAAGCAUCAGUAAUAUGUAGUCGAAGGCAUUCAUUGAGCUCAAGUUCUUGCUUCCGCGAUACAUUACUUGAUACAUGGUCUCUGCCUCUGCCCCGGAAGUUUUUACUACCGGCUGGUGUUUUGGUUCAGUAGAUGAAAUGAGAUUUGGCAGACUUGCUUAUAGUUAACCACAGUUGAUUAGAAAGAAAAUUUCUGUUGUGGUACAGGGGGAAUAUGAAUGUACCCGGUGGGGAAAUUGGUUUUGUUUCAAAAUAAAGUGACCAGUAAAUGGCAGAAGCAUAAUUUGGGCCUUUGCAACUGGCCUUUGUUCCCAGUUGGAUAAAAGAAAAGAGACGGGCC